AUGUUUCGCUCCGUCCUGCCGCGGGCUACGCCGCGCACUGCCAUCCGCUGCGGCCCCAAGGCUGUCCCUUCGACCUUCAUUGCUACCCCGACGCUCUUCCUUGCCCGCUCAAAACGUGGUUACGCGUCUGAAGCAGGGGAACACGAUCUCGUCAUCAUCGGCGGUGGUGUUGCUGGUUACGUCGCGGCUAUCAAGGCCGGCCAGGAGGGUCUGAAGACCGCAUGUAUCGAGAAGCGUGGAACCCUCGGUGGCACCUGCUUGAACGUCGGCUGCAUUCCUUCAAAGUCCCUGCUCAACAACUCGCACCUUUAUCACCAGAUCCUCCACGACACGAAGAAGCGCGGUAUCGAGGUCGGCGAUGUCAAACUCAACCUGACGCAGAUGAUGAAGGCCAAGGACCAGUCCGUCGAUGGGCUGACCAAGGGUGUUGAGUUCUUGCUGAAAAAGAACGGUGUCGACUAUAUCAAGGGUACAGGUUCCUUCGUCGAUGCCAACACCGUCAAGGUCGAUCUGAACGACGGUGGUGAGCAGACCCUGCGUGGCAAAAAUAUCAUCAUUGCCACCGGCUCCGAGUCGACUCCCUUCCCCGGCCUGAACAUCGAUGAGAAACGCAUCAUCACCAGCACAGGUGCUCUGGAACUGAAGGAGGUCCCGAAGAAGAUGGUCGUCAUUGGUGGCGGUAUUAUCGGUCUGGAGAUGGCUUCCGUCUGGUCUCGUCUCGGUGCUGAGGUGACGGUUGUUGAGUUCCUAGGCCAGAUCGGUGGCCCUGGCAUGGACGCUGAGAUCGCCAAGCAGUCGCAGAAGAUCCUGGCCAAGCAGGGCAUCAAGUUCAAGACCGGCACCAAGGUCACCAAGGGUGACGACAGCGGCGCGACUAUCUCUCUGAGCUUGGAGUCCGCUAAGGGUGGUAAGGAGGAGACUCUGGACGCUGACGUCGUCCUGGUUGCCAUCGGCCGCCGCCCUUACACCGAGGGUCUGGGUCUGGAGAACGCCGGUGUUGAGAAGGACGAGCGGGGCCGCCUGGUGAUCGACCAGGAGUACCGCACCAAGAUGCCUCACAUCCGCGUGGUGGGCGAUGUCACCUUCGGCCCGAUGCUGGCGCACAAGGCGGAAGAGGAGGCCGUUGCGGCGAUCGAGUACAUCAAGAAGGGCUACGGCCACGUCAACUACGCCGCCAUCCCCAGCGUCAUGUACACGCACCCGGAGGUCGCGUGGGUGGGCCAGACCGAGGCCGAUGUCAAGGCCUCGGGCGUCAAGUACAACGUCGGCUCGUUCCCCUUCAGCGCCAACUCGCGCGCCAAGACCAACCUUGAUACGGAGGGUGUGGUCAAGUUCAUUGCUGACGCAGAGACCGACCGCAUCCUCGGCGUGCACAUCAUCGGCCCUGGCGCCGGCGAAAUGAUCGCCGAAGCCACUCUCGCCGUCGAAUACGGUGCUUCCAGCGAGGACGUCGCCCGGACGUGCCACGCUCACCCGACCCUCUCAGAGGCCUUCAAGGAGGCUGCGAUGGCCACCUACUCCAAGCCCAUCCACUUUUAG